GCGGCCCCGCCCAGGGGGAUCCGGUCCCUGGGGGGUGUUUGGCAGCGCUGGAGAGGGGAAAGCGACUGGGAUGGGAGCCGGUGGAGUGAGCGUCCCCCCCGCCGGACGGUGCAGUUGGUGCAGUCCGGGAAGAUGGCUACAUUGUAUCAGGAAGCUGUCACUUUGGAUCUUUUGCUUUAUGAUGUACAGGGCUGCGCAUCCCUCGGUGGGGCUGAACAUUUGCCGUAGCAGAUGCCUAAAGGAAGAGGUGACCUUCUAAGCAGCAAGAUGAGUGAAUGGCAAAGGAUUUUUGUGCAAAACCUGGCUGUUCCUCCGCACUGCCAAAGGAGGCGACACCCCCCGAGGGAAUCAAUAGCAUUUCAGUGUGUCCUGAAGUAUGUUGAGGGAAAUGUAAUGAAGCAGCGUGUGCUCGAAGGCUUGUCGGAGGUUGAGUUCCAGCUCCGCCUGACCCUCUUUGACAUCACGUACCGUCUUUUCUUUGGGAGAACAUGGAAGAGCAGCACAAGGCCGCUCAAAGCUGGGCCAGGACAGCCACCCAAAGUGGUGUUCAAUGAGACUCUUUACUUCCACACAUCUUUAAACCACCCCAGCAUCGUCGCCGUGGUGGAAGUGGUGGCGGCAGCCAAGACGCGAGAGGGGACGCACCAGGAUCUGACGUGCGGGUUUGGAAUUCUGCACCUGUUCAACAGCAGGUCAGAGCCAACAGACAUGGCCACGACAGACAGAGGGCUCAAGCUGUAUCAUGGGACUCCGCGAGCGCUCCUGCACCCGCUCCUGCAGGACCCGAUCGAACAGAAUAAAUACAUGACGGUGGUAGAGAACACUCACCUCCAGUACACCCUGCGGCGGCACCCGCCCCUCGAGGCCACGUACCACCUCUUCCCUGAGAACACGCUGGUGUCUGGGCUGGAGAAGAUCCCUGGCUUGCUACCAACACAUGGGGAAACAAAUGAUUUCUUUCGAAAACCCCACCUCAUGAAGUCGGUCACAUGGCACGUGGAUAAGCUGUCCAUCCAUUUGUACCCUUCAUUAGAAAAGUUUGAGGAAGAGCUGCUGGAUUCACUCAAUUGUGAUCGUUUACUGAAGGACAGCUCGGUGGUGGAUGGGAGCGGAGUCGUUAUCCAGGAACGCCGGUUGCACGUCGGGGUCCACAACGGCUUCUGCUUCGUCCAGGCGCCGCAGGUGGUGGUGGUGGUGCCGCAGGCCGAGGUGGCCCGGGGGCGCUCAGCCAGCGUCCACAGGAAACGAGGGCCCAGCGCCAAACCAAGUGUGGUUGGUCAAGCUUUGGUUCUGAGAAGCCGCAUUCGUCUGACUGAGAUGGUCCGUCACCCAGCAUUCGCAAUCGUCUUCCAGCUGGAGUACGUGUUCUGGGCGCCAAGCGGAGUCGAGAGGAAGGUGUUGUCCAUGUCCUCUUUGGCUAAAGCAGCCUAUAUGCAUUCCAUCCGAUGGGCUGUUUGGAAUCCUUCGCUGGACUCGAGUUCUACAGAAGUGAUCUUACCACUGCAAGGAGGUGCCCAGCAUAACCCCAGCCAUGUGCUGGUUUACAAGAUGCCUCCUACCAGCAUGAGCUCUGAAGAGGUGAAGCAGGUUGAGUCUGGCACAGUCCAGUUCCAGUUUUCCACUGAUUCAGAGGAACAUCUUGGAACUUCUACAAAUGCGUUCAGUCACAUCGGACAAGAAUCGCUUCACUCAGUCAAGCCACGCAUACCCUCUCGCAGUGCACCGUCUUCACCUCAGAUGUUGGUUUCUACUCAAGACUAUCCUCAAGGGCCUGGGCUGUCGCUAUCCCAGCUGUCUGCAUCACCACGUUCUCCUCCUGUCAGCCCCUCAUCCAACCCCCCGUUUCAACGGCAAACUGGCUCUCCGGUGCCCCGGUCCCCUGGGACGAGCCAGCGCAGACGUGCACAGGAGCCGUACGGAAGCAGUGGCGGCGGCAUAGCUCACCUGGAGGCUGAGCUCGGCCACGGCGCCUUGGUCCUGGAUUCCUCGGCAAGUGACCAGCUGCAGGAGCUGCCUUUUGCUCCCGUGCACGCUCCUAUCGUUGCCAUGGGAACCCAGAGUAGGAGUUCUAGCUCGGUCCUCACUCGGGCCUCUCUCUCUCGCUUGCAUGCCGCUGGCUUUCCGGAAAUCCUGGAUUGUAACAAGGAGCCAGCAGAAGUUGUGGACCCCACAGACUCCGUGAACUUCAACCCUCAAAGGGAAGAAGCUGACUUCUUGCAAAGCAACGAAAUCAUUUUGCAGUUCCUUGCCUUCAGCAGGAUCCCACAGGAUGGCAUGGGGACAGCAUGGCCAAGGACCAUGUAUUUCACCUUCCAGUUUUACCGUUUCCCACCCGUCACAACACCACGAUUGCAGCUGGUCAAGAUGGACCACUCUGGGACAGCCAGUUCGGCUGCCUCUUCCUAUGUCUUAGUCCAGAUCGAGAAAGAUGGAACCCUUAAGAGCGGAUCUGCAGGGUUUCAGCUAAAGUAUAUGGUGGACCCUGCCUUUCUGAAGCCAGGAGAACAACGCUGGUUUGUACGUUAUAUAGCUGACCACAACCUCCAGAUCGAUGUUUGGGACGGAGAUUCAUUGCUCCUCGUUGGAUCUGCUGCCAUGAAGCUGAAGUCCGUGAAGCCCAUUGGUGUCUACGCAGUCGUGAAAGGCCGACUCCACCUGAACUUGGCCAAUGUUGGUCACCUGUGUGAGCAGAGGCUGAAGAAGUCAAACUCCUUGCCCCCCUCCCACUCUCGCAUUGUCUCCUCGCAUGACGGGACCAGCGGCUUCCAUGGAGGCAGCUUGUUCUCCUUCCACACCCCUGGGGCUAAGAACGUGUGCCAAGCCCAGAAGCUGGGGGAAGGGGACGGCGAGCUGGCGGCCAUGUUGGGCCAGCGUGAGGAGCGCAUGCAGCACUCCAGGGACCUGCAGAUCAUCGAUGCUUACCGGGAGCGCCUUAAGGCCGAAGGCAUCUCCAGCAUGCUGAGUCAGGCCAUCACCACCAACUACACGCUCUACGCCACGCUGGGCACCGCCGAGUUCUUUGAGUUUGCCCUGAAAAACCCCUACAAUGUCCAGCACACGGUGACCAUCGAGAUUGACCAUCCUGAGCUGAGUGUGAUUGUGGACAGCAGGGAGUGGAGACACUUCAGAGAGCUGACCCAAACCAUUAGCACGCCAGUCGAAGAGGACAUGUUUCACCUUCAGGACAACCAGAUGCCUCAGAUCUACCUGCGCCCCAAAGAGACCAUUCACAUUCCAUUUAAAUACCAGACCUUCUCUGGAGACCACGCUGUCAUGAUGCAGCCCGGCCCUGCUGAGCUGAGAUUCAAUAAAGGCAAGGAAACUGCACCACCCUGGAAAUCCAGUGCCUUGCUGACAAAACGCAUCAAGGUCUCCUUUAAGGCAAAUGGCCACAAACCCAUUGCGAUUCUCAGUGUCAGUGUGGAGUCUCAGCCCCCCGUGGUGGAUCAGACGUUCCGAUUCUAUCACCCGGAGCUCACCUUCCUGAAGAAAUCCAUACGGUUACCUCCGUGGUACACUCUGCCAGGUGCUCCUGCGGGAAUGCCAGGUGGGGAACCCGAGAUGUACGUCCGCUGCAGUGACCCCAACAUCAUUUGCGAAACCAAAAAAAUGGGGCCUGGGGAGCCACAGGACGUGUUUUUAAAAGUAGCUGGAGGACCAAGCCCACAGAUCAAAAAAUUCUUUGUUGCUAUUUACACGGACGCCUGGCUUGCUGCUCCCAUCCAGAUCUGGCAGGUUUACCUUCACUCGCUGCAACGUGUGGACGUGAGCUGCAUAACUGGCCAGCUGACUCGCCUUUCCCUGGUUCUCAGGGGCACCCACACCAUCAGAAAAGUGAGAGCUUAUACCUCACAUCCGCAGGAGCUGAAGGUGGAUCCAGAAGAGGUGUUUAUUCUCCCUCCGAAUGGCAUGCAGGACCUGCAUGUUGGCGUGAGGCCACAGAAAGCUGGCAGCAGGUUUAUCUACCUCAAUCUGGUGGAUGUGGAAUACCACCAGCUUGUUUCGUCCUGGCUGGUGUGUGUCUCCUGCCGACAGCCCAUCAUUUCUAAGGCGUUUGAAAUAACACUCCCUGCCGGCGGAGGGAAAGGCUCCAACAAGCGGAUCACGUACACGAACCCGUAUCCCUCCCGGAGGGUGUACUUCCUGCAUACCAACCGAGCGGACCUGCUGCAGUUCAAGGAGGAUUCCUUUGAGCUUGGAGGAGGGGAGACGUACACCAUUGGCUUGCGGUUCGCACCCAGCCAGAGCACCGGCGAGGAGGAAAUUCUGAUUUAUAUCAACGACCAGGAAGACAAGAAUGAAGAAACCUUCUGUGUGAAGGUUGCCUAUCAAUAAAGGGGAGGCUUUUGUGUCUGACGCUCGGCAGAAUGACCCGUUCCUGGAGCAUCUGGCAACGCUUUCAUCUUCCUGCAUCUGCCAAGGAGUCCUGUUGUUACCAGUUUGAGAGACUUUUCCCUCCACAGAUUUCCUAGGUCUCCUGAAUUCUCCUUGACCGUGGUUGUCUGCAGACAGAAAAGCGAUCGAACUGCUCUGUGACCCUCGCCCACAUGCUGGCAGGAUGUGUUUCCUUCCUGUUUGCAGUGUGCCUCUGUCUAAUCCAGACAUGGCCGAGCCACUGUGAUUUGUUGUCUGACUGAAAUCUUGGCACAUUAACAUGACCUCCAAUGAUGUAACAGAGCCAUAUUUGUUCUACUUAAGAUGGUAAAUGAAUUCCUGUGUAUUUAUGCCAUAUGCCACAGUCCAGAUGAUCGUCGCUAUUUCUGUUUUCCUUUCCUGGGCUGAGGGCUUGUUUGGAUUUUUAUUUGUUUAAUUCUUUUUUAACAGAUUUUUAUAAAGCCACAUUUCCUGUAA